UGUUAAAGCAGCUGCUUGCCAUGGCAUUUGGAAUGCUAAUCUAUAUUUUGCUGAAAGCAAUGGGGGCACUGAGUGAAGAGUCAGCUAUUACUGUUUCAUCCCUCAGCACAGACUUAUGGAAUAAUUGGACAAAAAACAACGCUGAAGUAGACUACACAGAGCAGCCAAAGCUGUUGAAGCUUAUGCAGACCUGUCUUGAAGAACACCACAGCUAUUGUAUCAAUGGGCUCUGUGCUUUCCACAGCGAAUUGAGGAAACCCAUAUGCAAGUGCCUUGCAGGUUAUAAUGGAGAGAGGUGUGAACAUCUGACACUAAAUUCAUAUGCGCAUAAUUCUUACGAACGCUACAUUGCUGUGGGAAUUGGUGUAGGAAUACUGACCAGUGGGAUACUUGCUAUCAUCUACUGCUACGUCAGGAAGAGAUGCAGGAAAUUGAAAUCACCCUACAAAGUCUGCAUGGGUGAGACGACGUUGUGAAGAUCUGGCGUUGGGACACUUACCAAUUUGCCUGUAAACGAGAGGAAGUUCUGCUGGGAAGGCCGCCCCGCGCCAUCUGGCAGGUACCCCAGCCUCGCUGAUGAGAUGAAAUGAAGGGAAUGACGGAGCGAGUACAUAAAAGGAACUCCUGCAGAACUGACGGGCUCCAUUCACUUUCGAAGAAAGACUUCCUCUUUUUAGUAAAGGCUGCUAGAUGAGCAGGUCCGAACAGCUAAGGAUACUUGCAGGCCUCUCGGCGCUCUUCUGUGGUUGGUAUCUGCUGAGGGGAGGACUGUCUGGUUUUAGCUGUUUCAGUCAUUUCAAGCCCUAGUACAGUGUUCUGCUCUGGUCUUUUCUGUCUGGU